AUGUCUUUCACAUCCGAGUCAUUUGACUUCCCGACUUCAUGGUCUAACACCAACCAUUCGAGUGACUCGACUUUCCCUACGUUUGGCAGCCCAGAUUUCACUUCUACACCAUUCCCUCAACCACCUGCACUUCCUGUGUCCAAGGGCCAUGAUCUUGCUGAAGCAAGUGGAGUCACAAAGCGGCGCCCUAAGCAUGUCACACAGCCAAAGGACACUGGUUAUCAUGGAAAAAAAAAACAGCUGGUCGGCAAUGAGGCGGGAAAUGCAGUGCAAAUGAAAACCAUGUUGCGCAGUGACAAGGACGGAGUUUCAGUCACUAACCACAUUUACCUCAUGACAUCUGAUCCAGGUCCCAUUCAGUCAACUUGCGAUGCAGGUUAUGACUGUAUCUGUGGUGAAAUCAACAGUGCACUUCUUGGCCUUUCCCUUCACCACAGUACUAAGGACAAGAUCUGGCGCUGCAUCCAGCAGGUUGAGGGAUACCAAGUAAACAGUUGGAAGGCCAUACUUGUGAAGCUUGAUAUCCCAGAAGAAUGCCAUCACAACAUGCUUCAAAUUAUGGCUAGUGCAAGUCAUGACCGUAAACUUAUGAAGUGGACCAGAAACCAACUGUUUCUUCGCAGUCGCAUGCUGCAGAAGACCAGAGGUGUUAACUCCUGGAACACAUUUGUCAAAGCCCAACUCAAGGAUGAAAAUGAAGGUUUAGGCAGAGGUGAUUGCACAAAACUUACAGCCUUCAUCACAGAAAACAAGGCCAUGUUACUCCAAGAUUAUCGCAAGCUAACCUUUGCUGAAAAGCAAGCUUACAAUGCCUGUGUUCUCGAGGAUUGCCAAGAAAAGAACCGUACUGCACGUUCAAACCCAAAGGCCAUCAAACAUGAUGUGAAUGCAGCAUUCACAUUCAUGGAUCGUGAGUGGAUGGCGCUCCAUGCAUGCACUGGUCUGGAGGGGUUUUAUGUGGCAAGAAAUCUCAAAAAUUUGUUUGGGACGUCCUAG